AUGGUCGUACUUACUACAGAUGUUAUUGUUACAUUAGUCGUUGUUGGUGUAGUUUUAAUUCUUAUUCUUCUUAUACUUUUGAUUUGUUGUUUAUGUCGAAAAUGUGAUCAAUGUGCUAGAUGGUCAAGGCAAAAAGCAAUAGUACAGAACGAUACGAGAAGAGAACAGGAGAUUGCUGAAAGUCGUCGUGAAUUUAACGAAAUUCGACAACAACAUGAAACAGUCCAUGAACAACUUCGAGUAAAAUACAAUCUCAAUAAUGGCAAUUCUAACGUUGCAGUUCUAUCAUAG